AUGUUGGAAAGUGUGGUACAGCGAGGAGCCUUGAACGGGACGAAGCAACAGGCUGAGACGAAGCGGUUGCUGGCCGUAGCUGUAUUAAUGGAACGGGCAUCUGAGGGUGCUGAGGUUUCUGCCAGUGACAUAAAGGAAGGACUAGGUUCCAAGGGAGCAAGAACGAUGACUGCCAAGAUCAACAAAGGCGACGGGCUUAGCUUGAAAACGGCCAACGAGGAGUACGAUAGUGCUGACGAGAUAGAUAUAGAUGGAGUAGCUGAAGAUGUGAAUAUGAAAGCGGAUGUGAUGGAGGUGGAGGAUGAAGGAGGUGUGGGUCGUAGUAUGGAGGUGGAUUUGGAUGGCAGUGAUAAGCGUGAGCAAUCGCAAACUCAGACACAACAGAGCGAACCAACGAUACCAAAAACACAAGCCGCUGAUCCAGCUCCACCCCCGCUAUUAGCAGCACCAAAUUCACUUUACUGCCCGCCAAAUUUUGGCAUGGUACUGGGAUCUAUCUAUCGAAGCUCGUUCCCACGUCCGGAGAACUUUGCGUUUCUGAAAAAGCUCGGACUUAAAAGCGUUCUUGUGCUGAUUCCCGAGCCGUAUCCCGAAGAGAACCUGACGUUUCUGCAAGAAAAUGGUAUUCAGUUCUUCCAAGUCGGAAUGUCGGGCAACAAAGAGCCUUUUGUUCACGUUUCUCAUGCCACCAUCACGAAAGCCUUAGAGAUCGCGCUCAACCCUGCCAACCAUCCAUUACUGAUACACUGCAACCGGGGAAAGCACAGGACGGGAUGUCUUGUGGGAUGUAUUCGGCGACUCCAGGACUGGUCUCUCACAAUGAUUUUUGACGAGUACAGACGGUUUGCGUUUCCGAAAACGCGGCCCCUUGACCAGCAACUCAUUGAGCUGUAUGACGACUCCGAAAUUUACGAGAGGGCCUCCCGUAAUAACUGGCUGACAUUCCGAUUUUAG